CACAGGGGUCACCAGCAGAUGCAGGCGCUGUGACGGGGGGGGCACCCAAGCUAGCCAGAGAGAGGUGGGUACAGGCAGAAGACAGUGGGGACAUUUGGCAAUAUAGUGUUUGACAAAGGCAUACAAAGUGGAUUGUAUGGGGGGUGCAGAGAGGUGGCAGCUGGGGGGAUCACUGGAUACUCCGCCACUCAACCCCUGGAGCUCCGGUCUGGAUCGACACCGUACCAUGACACUAAAUAAGAGAGAAAAGUUGGCCGGGAUGCGGAAGCACUGGGGAAGCCUUCCUCUACCUCUAGAGCCACGUCGGCGUGGCAGUAUGCCACUACCGUACAAACACCAACUUCGGCGUGCACAAGCUGUGGACGAACUGGACUGGCCAAGUGUCCAUUCUGGAUCAUCAGACUCUGUAAGGUCCACAGACAGUAUCUCCGAGCCUGGGGUCUACAAGGUGAUGCUUCUCGGUGAGAGUGGAGUGGGAAAGACAACUCUGGCUGGAAUAUUUGGUGGAGUGGAGGAUUCAUACCCCCAUGAGACAGACCACUCAGAAGACACAUAUGAGCGGAAUAUGUUUGUUGAUGGAGAGAAGACAACUCUAAUUGUAUAUGACAUCUGGGACCAGUCUGUUUCACAGAGCUGGAUGCAGGAUAGCUGUCUACAGAUGGGCGAUGCAUUUCUUCUCAUCUUCUCAGUGACAGAUCGAAGUAGUUUCCAGCGACUCCCUGGCCUUCUACUCCAGUUGCGUACAGCUCGUCCAAAUCAUCGCAUCCCAGUUAUCCUUGUUGGCAAUAAGGGAGACCUGGCUCGUUCCAGGGAAGUCAACGUGGAAGAGGGACGUUCCCUAGCUAACAUGCUCAACUGCAAAUAUACAGAAACUUCAGCAGCUCUCCAUCACAAUACACAGGAGUUGCUUGAAGGAGUGGUGAGGCAAAUCCGCCUGCGCAGAGAGGAAGGGGAACACGUGCCCCAACCAGCUACCCUCCUUCCACCAGGACGCAGGGAAAGUAUGACCAAGAGGGCCCGACGACUUCUUCAUGGGCUGAUGGGGAAGCACCGUGGCUUCUUCAAGCAACGGUCAAAGUCCUGCCAUGAUCUUUCUGUUCUGUGACCAUCCUAAUAACAUACAUUGAAGAAGUUAGACUGGCCAUAUGUCCUUAGAAAAGCCAGUGUGAACUGAAGCCUAGACUGACCAUGUUAACCUGGGGGCUAUUAACUGAGUGGGCUAUAGUUCAAAUCAUUGAACCACGUUCUUAAUAAGGGACCUUUAUAGGUACAGACAAAACAUCUAAUCUAACUAAACAUAAUUAUAGGGGGGAGAAAAAACACUUUCUGACUACUUAAUAGAGUCCCCUGGGUGGCAUCUGGUCACAAAAUAGGGGUAGCUCUGUCACAGGACAUGUGAUCCAAAGAUCACGCAUUAAUCCCAGGAAUUCCAGGUCUGGGCCUGGGUUAAUUUUAACACCACAGGUACCAACCAGUUGCCUUUUAAAACAACCAUUAACCCAUUCCUCAUUACUGCAAAUAAGUAAUGCUUUGUUUAUGUCUUAUGCUUAACACUGUAUAUACACAAGUGCUCUAAAGUUAAAAGGGAUUGGAUAGGAUUUAAUAUAGAGAAUAAGGCAGGCAUGAGUGUAUACAUUUUGGGCAGCCAAUCUUGCCAACCAUGGCACCAUGCGCAUACCGUGUGCUGUGAAUAGUCACCAAAAAUAAACAACAAGGCUGUUGGAUUUAGGCUGAUGAGGAAACGAUUUGCUAUGUGCACCCUGCACCUGUAGACUGUUUUUUUUUUGUGAAGCUCAAAUUGUGUUUCUAUAUGACAUUUUCUUGGAAUAAAAUGGAAUAAU